CGGGGCAGCCAAUGAAAGAGAGCGGAUUUUAAUACGGAAGUGCCUCCCUGUAACUGUUGCGCGUAGCCCAUUAAGCUCGUGACAAGUAAUGACUUAGCCGCGCGAUUCUCCUCGCACACAGGGACAAAACACACGCAGCGAGCUGGGCGCCAUGGACAGAAUCGCCAAAGACGUCGGCGACAUCCAGGCGCGGCUGACGGACCACCGGCCCGUGGUGCAGGGCGAGCUGCGCUACUUCGUCGCCGAGUUCGAGGAGAAGCGUGGAUUCCGAGAGAGCCGCCUGCUGGAGAACCUCGACAAGACAGUGGUGGAGACGACGGAGCAGGUGGUGCCCAAGUGCGUGGAAAGCAUGAAGGAGCAGCUCUGUGAGGUCUUCGAGCGACUGGAAGCUGCAAACCACAUGGCGCAGCGAAUCCAACAGAGGGAGCUAGAGGCACAGGAAAGCACCCACCUGCAGGAGUUUGCAGAAAGACACAAGCAGGACUGGGAGGAGUUCCUCAAGGAGCAGACGGUGCUCAAGGAGCAGGUGGACGAGGAGCACGCGAAGGCAGUGAGUCGCCUCAGCGCCCAGUACAGCGUCAUGAAGAAGGAGCUCGCCAAGUUCUCCCACUUCUGAAGUCUCUCUGUCUCUCUCUCUCACACACACACACACACACACACACACACACACACACACACACACACACACACACCAGCUCAGCCUGCUCCUCCAGCCGAGACACAGCUUCCAUGCUCUGCUGUCGCUUUGUGCGGAGAUGCAGUUCUGUUUAAAUUCAACAGUGGAGUCGCAUAUUUAUGUGAGAAGAAUGAAACCCCCAAAAGAACACUUUGGUUUUGGAGGCUGGAUCAUCAGAGCGCUGAGCUCGGUGACGCACACCUUCAGCUUUUCCUGAACAUAUGAACUGUCAAAUGGGAAAUGUGUGUAUUUCCGUAACGGCGAAAUAACCCGGUGGCAACUGUAACUUCUGCAGGGUGAACAUAAUUAGAGAACAGUUUUAUUGGAUAAAUCUGAGUGAAAAAUGACUGUUUGAUAACGUCAGAGUCCAGGGGGUGAUGUGAUGAGACGUUUGCUGACUUGAUUGUGUCACAGUGAGCAUGUUGGUGUUCAGAACUUUACUUUGGUGCUGAAGCGGUUAAUGGGCCACGCUGCCGUCACCAGCCGAUGCUGACUUCAUACUUCUAGACAAUAAUCAUAAUUAUUUUCCAAGUUUUCCAACACCUACAGGACACACAUUGUUAUUAUAACCUUAGCUGGGCUAGAGCCUGGGUUCGAAAAGAGGAGUCCUCUACAAGUUGGGACCUAAACCUGUAAAGAUGGGUAAAUACCCUCAAGCGUGGCUGCAGUAAGUGAAUAGCUGGCAGUGAAUAUGAACUUUGUUAUAAAUGGGCUUUGCUGUACACAUGACUUUAUUUUACAGAUUAAUAGUUCCACUUUAUUUCUUAAUUAUCCUAAAGCGGCUGAAGUUUCCCUGUUGGGGUGCAACGAUUCAAAAUCUCCUUGAAUUGUUAGAUGUCGGCUGGAUUUGAGUCGAGCUUUUAUCGGUUGUUUUAUUAAAUGCGUAAAUGGAACCAAUGCUAGUAAUAUUAGUAUGAUAGAGGGGUGAUUAUUAUUCUUGAAUAAAAUAUUGAAAAAAACUUCUUACACCUAAAUGUUCAAAUACACUGAUGAAAUGAAUAAAUGACUGAUUUAUACU